AUGGUUGAACGAGAUCUAAUCCGAACCGCUCAACCACGCGUCGAUGGUUUUGGAGCUGAGUUAUUCUCAACAAAAUUUGACAAACAGUACAAGUCACGAGACUGCACUCAAGGUUGUGAGCGUGCUAUUCGCACAAUCGAAUUAGCAAAAAGAGCUCGGAACGUCAAAUUUUCACUACAAGAAUCGUCUCAAAAAGACCUGAUUGCUCGGAUCUAUCAGCUUUUAUCGAAAUCAUCCAAUUUACCAGCAAAAGAGAAAGAGCCAACGCUACACGAGAUGCAAUACAAUGCUAACUGGCUGAUUGACCCGGAAAGUACAAUUGGAGAUGUUUGGUACAAGAUACAUCAUUCUUUCCAAAAUAGACCAAAGUGGCUUGAUCCUUAUGCGGUGAUCAUGUGUCUCGCUACUCAAACUUUCAAAUCUGAAGACGCCAAUCAGAUAAACCAAGUUCUAUUUGCCCUUGUUUUUCUGCCUCGUGUUACCGAGAUUAGGUUGCCCGUUACGGAUACAUAUCAUUUAUAUCAAGGCUAUUGUUUCAAACAUAAUAAAAUAAGAUCCUUAGUCGCUAGUCAAGUGCGGAUUUUGGAGGAAUGUCCAGAGACGUAG